AUGGAUCAUAUUCCCCGUCUAUCAGAGGUCCUCUAUGUUGGUCUGUGUCGUAAAUUAGGGACACCGAGAGAAAUAGCCAUCAGAAGGGACGUGUUGGACAUGGAGGAAAUGAUAAUGAAACCUUUUUACAUCCAUGGAGGAGUUAUAGAGAUGAUUAACAAUACCUUAAAACAUCAUAUAAUAUUUAUGGAAGAUUGUGAAACACCACCAGGAUUUGUCAGACUACGCCUUCUGACACCAAAUUAUGCACAAUCCAGUAUCAUAAAAAAUUUAGUGGAAAGAUGCCAAAGAUAUGCCUGGCCGUCUUUACCUGUGUUGGAAAAAAUCAUAAGAAAUCGAUGCCACUGUGUACCUAUUGGAAGUAAACUUGAUUCGCCUUAUAACGAAUUGGAAUGGAGAUUAUCGUUUUCUCAAGCCGAACAACAACUAGUUUGUACCAUGAAUCAUACACAAUUUCUGUGUUAUGGACUUCUGAAAAUAUUUCUGAAGGAAGUUAUGAAUAACCGGCAAGAACCAAUACUGUGUUCGUAUUACAUGAAGACCACAAUGUUUUGGAUAAUGCAAUUGGGACACGUUCAAUGGUACCCAAAUAAUUUAUUGGACUGCUUUUGGAAGUGCUUCAAAUACCUGAUUCAUUUUGUUUAUCCUGGAGAGUUUCCCAAUUUUUUUAUUCCUCAGAACAAUAUGUUCAUAAACAAAGUAGUCGGUGAUAUACUUGAAUCUCUUUUACAGGAGCUUUAUCAGUAUUAUAGAAUGGGCGUGUCCUGUUUACCGCUGAGUCCGACUCUCAGAUCAAUCCUAGAAUCAGCCCUUUGUAGCCCCUCAUAUGUAUUAUCCUUUACUGAGAAUAAUACAGAUAUAGAUUUGUGUGGCUACAGGGAGAUAUUCCAUCUCUUACUAGGUAAUAGAUCUCAGUGUUUACAGUCACUGACAGACCUACAGACAAUGCUGCUCAAUGAUGAUGGGACGUAUGUUCCUUUACCAUUAAGAGACAUAUCCUGGCAGAUACUAGGUAUCUGUCAGCAUGUUGUGGGAGACUUAGACGGGGCUUUGCUGUCUUAUCAAGAGUCGCUUAGACAGGAAGCGUACCAUGGAAUACAAGAAGCUACAUAUGUUAGAAUAGAAUGGGUUAAAGGACAAUUAGACAGAAACACAUAA